AUGGAGUCUAGCAGUGGUAGUAAUAGUGGAGGAGGAGGUGUAGGCAGUGAUGUCGAUGUGAUGGAGGCUUUUGGCAGCUUUGUCUUGAAUGUCAAAGUCUUGGGUUCAGAUGCUGGUGUGGGAGUCCCUACACUUCCAGUUCGAAUCCCCCAGAUCAUGGACAACGAGAAUCAAUUGUCGUUUCGCAAGUUGGUGGAGAUUGUGAUUAUGAUUGCUUCUUCGCAAUCAGCAGGUGACAGUAGUGGCAAUGGCAGUGGCAAUAGUAGUCCAACCAGUUCUCUGCCACCUGACACACGGAUCCAGCAUCAUGUCCUCUUGAGCUUUCCCAAUCCACAGACUCAGAAUAGUGUCAUGAUUUCAUCGGCACAAGAACUCAUUCAGCUCAUGAGCCGCCAUCAAGAGGCACAACAACUCACUCUCAUUGCCAAGGUUCAACAUGACAUUGUGCCCAAGACAAACACUUCUCAUUCACCCACCACCACCAAUACUACUGAGAAGGUUCCCCUUCCCAAGAAACAGGACUCUCUCAAAUCUCCCGUUCGAAGACCCACACUCGAAACAGACGAGGAUGAUUUGCCCACUCUGUCGGCAAGUAGUACUCCAGAAUCAGAGGAACAAAACAGCAACGUCCAACAAAACACUCCAGCCUCCACUUCCAUGCCUCCCAAGUUGGAAUUUGAUCCUCCUCAGUUUCACAUUCCCACCAGCAACUCCGCCAGUAGUAACAACAAUCCCUCAGAGGCACUCGUCAUGGUCAAUUUGAUGGAACAACUACUCGACAUUCAAACCAAUCGAAUGCAACAAUUUGCCAAUCACAUGGAACACCGAUUCGGACAAAUGAUCGAACAAAAAGUGUUGGCGUCGCAAGACACACUGAAGCAAACCUUACGGGAAACCGUCCAGUUGGUCGCCGAUGACGAUGACAGCGAUGACGAAUCCUCCAUGAUGGUAGGCAGACCCAAAGCAGGUCACAACAACAAUCACAAUUUGGAAAAGAUUGUCAAGGAUCAAAUGGUCAGCAUGGAAUUGAGAUUUGCAAGGUUGGAAGAACAAUCCAAACAAACGGCCGUACUGGCCAAGUUGCCGUCUCCCACCCGAACAACAACAACAUCAUCACAACCGAGUGCUGUCUUGUUGGAACAAAUGGAUGCUCGAAUGGCAGCCAUGGAGCAAAUGAUGUUGGCCAUGCGACACGAUGCACAAACUACCAAGAAUGCACUUCUUGCUGCCGCUUCUUCUUCCAACAAGCAACAACAGCAACAGCAACGAAACAACAAGGACGAACGAUCCACACUGUUGCUGAUACCCAGCCUCUCGGAGGACGGCAGUGCUCCCUUGCCGCACACAUCACAAGCAUCCGCCACCACUGUUCGACUCUCCAACACAACAAACAACACCAAUACUACCGUGGACAGACCCGUGUCACCACCAACAAACGAACGAGGAUCUCUCCUAUGUCCGCCUCCCUUGAUGCCCCUCUCUCCUCCUACUUCCUUGGCCGACCGAUCCUUCUACAGUACUGGUACCGACACGGGAACGGAAGGAACUGGAAAUUCCACCGACGAGGAUGACAACAACACUACUACCAACAACAGCCACAACAACAAUGACACUGUAGUAGAAGGCACCCCCGUCACGACCUUUACCACCCGCAUUGCCCCGACAGCCGACUCCAUUGUAUCGCCCACUGCUACAUCCUCCUCAUUUAACUCUGCCAGUGCCAAGAUAUCGGCACUUACCAUGCCAUCGCUCAAUAAUUCGUCCUCGGAAGAAGGGUCCAAGCGAAAAAAGGGCAAAAAGACCGUACGAGACAUGCUGGCCGAACGAGAGGGCGACAACAAUCCCAACAACAGCAACGAGGGCAGUCCCGACGACGACAACAAGAGCAACAGUCUCGCCGACAAGAUGCCGGUUUCCCAGUUGCCAUUUUUCGAUGCGUCCGCACGAAACUUUAUGAUGGUAUUGAAUACGCCACCAACGUCGUCGCAACAAUUCGUGCCACAGGACAAUGUGUCGUCCUCCGUUCAGGCGCCACCCUUACUAUCUCCACCGGCGGCGGAUGCGCCCCGAAGCAGUAGCACGGAACUCAAAAUGAAACAAGCCAUCAAGGAACACGUGCAAAGUAUGGAAUCGCGCGUCUCGAAAUUGCGAGAACUGAAUCGGCAGCAAGAAAAUACGACACCCACUACGGCGGCCACUUCCACGAUGAGUAACAGCACCACACCCGGGCUACUCCUGUCACCACCCUCCACGGCGCGGACCCUCUUUCACGAUACAUCGUCAUCAAUGGAUUUGGAAAAGGUACUCGAAACGACCUUGUCGGAAAAAAUGGAAUCAUUGCGGCAAUCGCUCACAUCAACGUUGCAACAAGAGCGUGGGGACACGAAUGCAAAAUUGAUCGAGGAAUGGGAAGACAUGUUGGAGCAAAAGUUGGAUCUUUGGCUCAAACAAGGGCAACCCGGAUCGUCGGGACACGGACCACCCGUGAGUCCCAAGCGACGAUCGUCGUUUCCCGAUAUGCAAGCCUUGGAAGAGUUGGUCGAAAAGCGCAUUGAUGGGUUGGAGGAUUUGCUCAAGAGAAUUUCCAAGCGAAUCGACCAACAAGAGCAGCAAUGGAGCGAAUCGAUUGCAUCUCCACUGGAAUUGUUGUUGACGACGGCGGGGCCGAAACUGACCACUGGCGGUGCUGGGAAGACUCCUCCCAUUCCCAUGGCUGUGGUCCUGGCGCAGCUGCGAUCGAUCCUCGACAAACGCAUGGAUACCAUGGAAUCGUUGGUGCAGUUGACUGCCACGGAAACGGAGAGCAGUACCAAGGCUGUACAGGAGCGACUGAAUCAGGACUUGUUGAGUCAAAUUGUCGAAGCCAUCGCAUCCUUGCCUCGACCGUCUUCCAAUAAUAAUAAGAACGGCAACAACAACAGCGGCAACUCCAACGACGAUAGCGUCAGCAGUCUCGACAACAUUGUUGCAGGCGACGAAUCCGUCGCAACAUCGUCUUAUCCGACAAUCUAUGGUGACGAGGACGAAGAUGAAGACGGACAAUACCAAAUGCCAAACACCUCGUCUCAUUCGUCAUCGUCUGAAGGCAGGCGUGGACGCUCCUUGGGAAUGGAUCUUGUCGCCUUGGACCGACAAUCCUCCAUUCGUGAUAUCUACGGAGACAUUGAUAUUGACGACGACACAAUCGCCGCCGAGGAAAAUACCCCUGAUGUACGCGAUAUCUUUGCUGUGUCGGGGCGUGGCAAGUCUCUCCGUGACAUGUGCAACAUUGAGACUAUCGAAGAAGAAGAUGACGAGUCCAGUCAGGGGUCGGAUGUAGCGACAAGAAAUGAUUCGAGCCACUCGGAUGUCACUGCAAGGUCCUUGUCGGUGAGACACAUUUAUGGAGACACGGGUAUGGAUAUCGACAUUAACAAUAGCGACCAUGCUACUGCCGGCAGCAUGUCCCACCUACACCAAAGCGCGCCAGUCAUCAGCAUGACCAACAUUGGUCAAGAUACACCUCCGGUGAUGGCGAAAAGAAGCAUUUCUGUGAGGACAAUGACCAGUAGUCAACCUGAUGACGGGACGUUUCAUGAUGUACCAUUUGAUGAUAUUCCUCUGGAUGACGUGCCUCUUGAUGAUGACGAAGAAGAAAAAGCGGACACUGGACGCGAGUUUCGCGAGCCUGAGGGUCGGAAGGACAGAGCGCCGUCGUUGGUAGCACGGUCCGCAUCCAGAAAGAAGGAUAGGCCUCCAUCACCUGUCGAUAGGCUGGAGUCAAUGCGAUCGGUCAAUUCAGCACAGCUUAGGAAGAAAGAUACGCCGCCGUCGCCGGCGGGUCGGGUUGUGUCAACCCGCGCAAUCUACGGAGAUGCUGAAAUCGACGACGAAGCCGCAAGAACACAGCAUAGCCUUGUCUAUGAAGGAGCUGAAAACGAUGAUGAAGCCGAGAGAGCACAGCAUAGCAGCAUGUAUGAGGACGUUGACAUCGAUGAACACAGCAGUGAGGACGGAGACGUUGACAUCGAUGAAGAGGUCGCACAGACACAACAUAGCACCGUUUCAGAACAACCAUCCGUGUUCAGUUACGACGACCUCGACAUUGACGUUGGAGAUUACAUGGAAUCUGACGUUGGUCGCAGCAGCGCACACGAACGGUCGUUUGCAUCGGUGCAGUCAGAGGAUCUUUACGACAAUCUAAGCAUUGAUGGCGUUGACGAAACACGAGCAUUUGUGGACGCGGCGGACGCGGCGGGCGAGUCAGCCAUUCCGACCGAUGCUUCCGAUGACGAAAGCGACCAAUUGUCUGUAAGCAUUGACGGUGAUUCUGUGAAAAAGGACGAGGAGUCUGCUGGUGAAGAAGAGGAGGACGACCACUUGUCUGUGAGCAUCGAUGGUGAUUCCGUCAAAAAGGAUGACCCAUCAGGAAAGGAGGAAGACAAGGACGACCUUUUGUCCGUGAGCGUUGAUGGUGAAUCUGUUCAGAUUUCUGUUGCCAGUGGACACGACAGCGACAGCAGCCGCGAAGACGAAGAGUACUUCCGGGAUCACGAACGACAACAUCUUUCUGUACUUGCCCAUGCAAUGUCCAGAGUAAGGACUGCUCAGAAAGCAACCCGUCGCUACGAAAAGUUCCAGGAAAGUUUCUUUACUGCACAACGAGAUGGUCCCUUGGCUCUGAAGGUAAAAUCUGAGGGCGAUGACGAUGAUGCCGAUGAUGCCGAUGAUGGGGGACAAAGUGUGGCCACGUCAGAUGAGGCUUCAGGGGAUGGGUCUGAAAGCGGUUCUGCGCUGGGUCAAGCAUCUGACAGAGACGGUGGAUCUAGUGUGGUUCCAAGCGAAUUGAGUGUGCAGAGUCAAUAUGACCGAUCAAAGCAAAGUGCUUUCAUUAUUGCGAAGGCUGUGGCGAAACGACGAGCAGGCAAUCGCGCAAUCCGUGGAUAUCGACGGUUGCUCCACCAGAAGUUCACCCCCCGUCUAAUUAGAGGGCCUUUGGCGUUGGUUGAAAACAAUUCUGUCAAUGAGGUCGGCGGCAGCAGCCAACGUUCCGAUGAAUCCGCAUCUGAGGUCUAUCUGGAAGAAGACAGGAGUGACCCGGUUGAGACGAGUGAACAUAUGACUACAGAUAGCUUCAGACAAGUUGACGAAGAUUUCGACAGCAUUGCUCCAAUCCCUGUCUCCAGGCAUCAACAGUCGCCAUCUACGUCCCAUGUACGUGAGUCGAACGCUAGCCAACUAAGUUUGGCAGAGCACUUUGAAGCCACGAACCCGGCGGACGAAGGAUCGAGCGUGGGAGUACAUUCAACGUCGACCAUUCUUGGAAAGGAGUCGGGCCAUUCGCUUUUGGAAGACCAACGGGUUGAUGACCAACAGGGAGAAAGCAACCACGAAGGCGAAUCCGUGACUUCCGAAAGCAGGGUUGUGAAUACCGCAAGGUCACCGCCCUUCUUGUCUCCAAUAGUUCAGAAGGGAAUGCCGGUGGACGAUGCAUUUGACUUUCAGGGAGCGCCAAUGGCGACUAGUACUGCCGAUUCAGAUCCUGACGAUCUCUGGAAAGUGAUUACCGUCAAUUCACCCCGGAAGUCUCCUGGAAAGGGCAGCCCACCGCGAUCUUUUCCGCACGAGGCUGAAGCAGUAGAAGAAGAGGGUGCAUGCAAACCAGAGAACUUGACGAAACAUCCGUCACGAAAAAGACAGCCUCCUGAAUUCCACAACGAAGAAGAAAAGAAAGCGGGCACGCCGGACAGGGAAAUGAAGGAAUGGGCUGCUACGGCAAGUCCCGUCGCAGCCCGGAUAGCACCAGCUGUCGAACGGAACAUGGGAACCGGCGAAACCAAGCAGGAAGCCCCGCUGGUGGGUAGUGUCCUCAUAAUCGAACAAAUCGACGAAAUGAAGGCUCAGAUGCAGAAGUGGCAAGACGUCGUUUCCACCGCCAGCCGAGAAAUGGCAUUAUCAACUGACAAUCUUCGUUCUUCCAAUGAAACACUGACAGCAUCGAAUGAGAGCCUUCAAACAAAUGUUCAAGAAAGCAUCGAAGACAGCCAUCAGUUUGCAGAGUACAUUGACAAAGUGCUGACGGAGCGCAUUACUCAACUAGAAGAAGUGAUUCGAACACAAGUAGCAAUGGUAAGCCAGACGCUCGAGUCCCGACGGGAGCAAAUUGUGGUGCAACCAGCCACGACUUCAUCGCCUUCGCGAGUACGUACCGGCAGCGCUCCUCCUUCACCGAUGUCCAACACCAGGACAAACGGUUCGCCUCCACGGGCAAUUGUAAACCCGUUCGAUGCUGCCAUCGAGGAAGGAGGCAAGGAGGAAGAGAUUGAAGCUAAGAAGGUUGUAUCCGUUGCUGAAUGGACACGUCUGCAAGACCAACUUCGUGGAACGGCGGAAGUUGCGGAAUCGUAUCGGAAGCAAGUGCUGCAGUUGCGAAAUGUGCUGGAAGUGAAGAUCAACGAAGGAAAUGCAUCGCAGCAUCAAGUAGAGCUCCUACAACAGAAACUCCAAGAGGCUUAUGAUCGUGAAAUCCAGGCACAGAAGCAAUUGAGGCCAGUGACCCGUCGUGUAGAACAAGUCAUUCAAGAGAUGGUACAGCUAGAAGAGCACUCGGCGUCCCUGCAAAUAGAGAAUGGUCUGUUGCGAGAGCAGCUCUGGAUGGUACAACGAGAGUUUUGA